AUCAAACAUGAAGGAGUGUCAGUGAAGCUCGGGCCUGGCUCCCCAAGGGGAGCCAGGAGGCCUUAACUUGAAAUACUUGUUAAUUCGACCCAUUUGACAGAUGUUGACUCCCUGGCGGGGCUGGCCCGAUUCUGCUCCCAUUGUGCGGUCUCCUCCCUAUAACCUUCAUCUACUUGGUCUCAAGUAUGCUCAGCAGGACCGGGCGAACCCUGCUGCUCUUUUAUCACUGGUUGUGGUCCUCUCUUGUCCUCUGCUCUGGACUCUGUCCCCAAUAACAGGUCAGGUGGGUGCUACUCCUAGACUCAGAGACUGGCCGGACAGCCCUGUGGAUUCAUGCCCCUACCAGGGCCAAAAUGACAAGCAGGCAGCCAGGACCCUCGCCAAGGUAGAAUGGGUGAGGAGGGCCCCCCCAGCCUGGAGUACAUCCAAGCCAAGGAUCUGUUCCCCCCCAAGGAACUCGUGAAGGAGGAGGAGAAUCUUCAGGUACCCUUCACAGUGCUCCAGGGUGAGGGAGUGGAAUUCCUGGGCCGGGCGGCUGACGCCCUCAUUGCCAUCUCCAACUACCGGCUGCAUAUCAAGUUCAAAGACUCUGUCAUCAACGUGCCUCUCCGGAUGAUUGACAGUGUGGAGAGUCGGGAUAUGUUCCAGUUGCACAUUGCCUGCAAGGACUCCAAAGUGGUGAGGUGCCACUUCUCCACCUUCAAGCAGUGCCAAGAGUGGCUCUCAAGGCUAAGCCGGGCCACAGCAAGACCUGCCAAGCCCGAGGAUCUCUUUGCCUUUGCCUACCAUGCCUGGUGCCUGGGGCUGACUGAGGAGGAUCAGCACACCCACCUGUGCCAGCCAGGAGAGCACAUCCGAUGUCGGCAGGAGGCAGAGCUCGCCAGGAUGGGUUUUGACCUGCAGAACGUCUGGAGAGUCUCACAUAUCAACAGCAAUUACAAGCUGUGCCCUAGUUACCCCCAGAAGCUGCUGGUUCCUGUGUGGAUCACUGAUAAAGAGCUGGAGAAUGUGGCUUCUUUCCGAUCUUGGAAACGCAUCCCUGUUGUCGUGUACAGACACCUGCGCAAUGGGGCUGCCAUUGCCCGCUGCAGCCAGCCUGAGAUCAGCUGGUGGGGCUGGCGCAAUGCUGAUGAUGAAUACCUGGUCACGUCCAUUGCCAAAGCCUGCGCCUUAGACCCAGGGACAAGGGCCAGUGGGGCCUCCCUCAGCACGGGGACUAAUGAUGCCAGUGAGGCAUGUGACACUGAUUUCGAUUCUUCUCUGACUGCAUGCUCUGGGGUGGAGAGCACAGCUGCUCCUCAGAAACUUCUGAUCCUGGAUGCACGGUCCUACACAGCAGCCGUGGCUAACCGGGCCAAGGGUGGAGGCUGUGAAUGUGAAGAGUACUACCCUAACUGUGAGGUCGUGUUUAUGGGAAUGGCCAACAUCCAUGCCAUCCGGAACAGCUUCCAGUACCUUCGGGCUGUGUGUAGCCAAAUGCCAGAUCCCAGCAACUGGUUGUCGGCACUGGAGAGUACCAAAUGGCUGCAGCACUUGUCAGUGAUGCUAAAAGCAGCUGUGCUGGUAGCUAAUACGGUCGAUCGGGAAGGCCGGCCUGUGCUGGUGCACUGCUCUGACGGCUGGGACCGUACGCCACAGAUUGUAGCCCUGGCCAAAAUAUUACUGGACCCAUAUUACAGGACCCUGGAGGGCUUCCAAGUGUUAGUGGAGUCUGAUUGGCUGGAUUUUGGGCACAAGUUUGGAGAUCGCUGUGGCCAUCAGGAAAAUGCAGAGGACCAAAAUGAACAAUGUCCUGUGUUCCUCCAGUGGCUUGAUUCUGUUCAUCAGCUGCUCAAGCAGUUCCCUUGCCUGUUUGAAUUCAAUGAAGCAUUUCUGGUAAAACUGGUGCAGCACACAUACUCCUGUCUCUACGGCACAUUCCUGGCCAACAACCCCUGUGAGCGCGAGAAGCGCAACAUCUAUAAGCGGACAUGCUCUGUGUGGGCACUCCUGCGAGCUGGCAACAAGAACUUUCACAACUUCCUCUACACACCUGGUUCGGACAUGGUCCUUCAUCCUGUGUGCCAUGUCCGGGCCCUGCACCUCUGGACAGCUGUUUAUCUACCUGCAUCAUCUCCAUGCACACUUGGAGAGGAAAAUAUGGAUCUUUACCUUUCCCCAGUGUCUCAGAGCCAGGAAUUUUCUGGUCGGUCUCUAGACAGGUUACCUAAAACCAGGUCCAUGGAUGACCUUCUUUCUGCCUGUGACACGAGCAGCCCUCUCACUCGUACCUCCAGUGACCCUAACCUGAAUAACCACUGUCAGGAGGUCAGAGGCAGCCUGGAGCCCUGGCACGGCGGUUCUGAAGGCACGGAGACAGUAGACUCGGGGGCAGGAGGCCCACAGCCGGCUGUGGGGGAAGUGGGCCUUCCUCCUCCUCUGCCCAGCAGCCAGAAAGACUACUUGAGCAGUAAACCUUUCAAGGGCCACAAAAGCUGUUCUCUCAGUUACAAAUUACUUAGUACUUCUGUGCCCUGGGAAAUGAAGAACACCACCUCAGAGAUCAAAGUCCUGGAAGAGACUAAGGCACUGGCUGCAGUCUCUCCAGCCCAAGAGGAGCAGAGGACUUCUGAUGGCUUAGGGAAGCCACCUGAACAGUGUCCAGAAAAGGAAGUUGUCAGUGCACUCUCUAAUUUUUCCAGCAAGGGUGGUGGAGCCUGUGAUUUUCCUGAGCCUUCCCAGGAUUCCCUGACAGGUGCUCCCCAGCAGGCCCAUCUAGACUCCAUGCAGGCUGUGCCCACACGGUGUACUCUAGAUCACAGUCCGGGUAGCCUCUGCAACCCACCAAGUGCUGCCAGCCAAACUCCUCAAGAGCCAAAUACUGACCUCCUCAGCCAAGAUCCCCCUGGGUCUACGGCGAGUAUCUCCCGCCAGGAACAGCCUAGUUCGGUGCCAGAUCUGAUCUACAAGAAGGAAGACGCCGGCAAGAGGGGAAGUAAGAAUGGACAGAUAGUAGAAAAUCCUCGCUUUGGAAAGAUGCCGUUGGAGUUGGCCCGAAAGCCAAUUUCUCAGAGCCAGAUAAGUGAGUUCUCCUUUUUGGGGUCGAACUGGGACAGCUUCCAAGGGAUGAUGACGUCAUUCCCGAGUGGGGAGACCACCCCCCGGCGACGGCUUGCUUACGGCUGUUGCAGCAAGAGGCCGAGCAAUAAGCAUAUUCAAGCUGCAGGGCCCUGCUUUGGGGGCCAGUGGGCUCAGAGAGAAGGGGUGAAGUCACCCGUCUGUUCUAGUCAUGCCAGUGGACAUUGUACAGGCCCAGGAGGAAAGAACAACCGGAUGUGGUUGUCUAGUCAUCCAAAGCAAGUCUCCAGCACAAAGCCUUCUCUCCUGAGCUGCCCUUCUCCUGUGCCUCCUCUCUACCUGGAUGACGAUGGACUCCCCUUUCCCACGGAUGUGAUCCAGCAUAGGCUACGGCAGAUCGAAGCAGGGUACAAGCAAGAGGUAGAACAGCUACGUCGACAGGUUCGAGAGCUUCAGAUGAGGCUAGACAUCCGUCACUGCUGUGCCCCUCCAGCGGAGCCGCCCAUGGACUAUGAGGACGACUUUACAUGUUUGAAGGAGUCAGACAGCAGUGACACCGAAGACUUCGGCUCUGAUCACAGUGAGGACUGCCUUUCAGAAGCCAGCUGGGAGCCUGUGGAUAAGAAGGAAACCGAGGUGACUCGCUGGGUUCCAGACCAUAUGGCCUCACACUGCUAUAACUGUGACUGUGAAUUCUGGUUGGCCAAACGAAGACAUCAUUGCAGAAAUUGUGGGAACGUAUUUUGUGCUGGAUGCUGCCACCUUAAGCUGCCCAUUCCUGAUCAGCAGCUCUAUGACCCAGUUCUCGUCUGUAACUCAUGUUACGAACACAUUCAAGUAUCUCGUGCCAGGGAGCUCAUGAGCCAACAUCUGAAGAAACCCAUCGCUACGGCUUCCAGCUGAAUGCCAGAGGAGACGAUCUGUCCAUUUUUAGCAGGUUUGAAGGGAGGAUCUGCUUCAGGUGUAGUCUGGAAGGUUCCUUGGUAUGGCUCAUGAACACAGAGCUCAAAGAUACCGUCUUGAGAAAUCCUCCUUGGUACCAUGUGACUGGAGCAGAGGAAUUUGAAUUUGGCAGGAGAUUUUCUACUGGAGAGACCCUCACUUUGGGGUAAUGGUCCUGAUCCAGACCCAGAGUCUGGAAGCUUCACACUGAGUUGGUGACUCCAGGUUCUCUCCUGGAGGUCACAAGAUGAUGAUUUCAUAAAUACUGCCUGGUGCAAAGUGCCCAAACAGCAAUAGAAAGGCAUAAUUACAACCAAACUCCAAGUGAUGAUGAGACCCAUCUCUCCUCCACCUUGAAAAGAGCAGAUCAUAGUAUACAAGAUAGGACUUCCCAUCCUAUUGGAGAAGAACUCCACUCUGUACCUCUGUGCUCUGUGUCUGUGCAUGAAGGCUCAGUCUUUGGAGGCACUCCCUCUAGUUGCAUUAGUACUGUCUUCCUCUGUGGAGUUUGGUUCAAAGACUGGUUUGGCAAACGGAGGUUUGGAUGUAUUUUUCACCUGGCUCACUGGCCAGCAUCAGCAAAUAUUCAGUUGUCAGAGGGACAGUUCUAAGGAUUGAGACGUUUUUUGGAAACAGAGGCAAACUCUGGUGAUGUUUAGUUAUUUUGAGCUGUGAAGGCAGUUAUCACUCUGUUCCGCAGUGGCUGCUCUUGAGGUGCGUGCGCACUGUGAAGAAUGAGAAGGGAAAAGCAAAACUAUCCUUGUGAAACUCUGCUGAGUGUGCCCUACCCUUUGCACCUGACUUUUCCUAGUUGUCCUGGUGCUAACAUGGGAGCUACACCUUGAUCCUCCCCUGGCAUGAAAAUAAAGCAAAGGAUUUGUUGUUCCACUGCC